AUGUGUGGUGUAACGAUAGAUUCAGGAAGAUCACAACCUUCACUGGCUUUCAGUAUGAGUGGUAACUCUUCAUCUAAUAUCAAGCCUUCAAAGAGUUCGCCUUUGCUAGCUACAGAUGACGACAUGAUUAAAUGUAAAUAUUUAACGAAGUCUUCGCAAUUAGGUGACGGGAAUUUUAGCGUAGUGAAAGAAUGCAUUAAUGUACAGACAAAAGAAACGUACGCAAUGAAAUUAGUUCACAAAAAUUUAGUGAAAAAUAAAUUGCAAUUAAUUAAAAGAGAAUUCGGUUUAUUGAACGCUCUUUCGGCGGAAAUUAGACAUCUGGAAAAUCAUUCUAAUAAUAACAAUAUUCAAUUGGAUUUCUUUCAAGGUCAUCACCAUAUCUUGCAACUAUACGAUUAUUUCGAAACCGAAGAAAAUAUCGUAUUGAUUACUCAAUUAUGUGAUAAAGACGAUCUGUACGAAAAGAUUAUUAAGAAUGGACAUCUGGAUUUAAAUAAACAAGUCGCUGCUUAUACCGCGUGUAUGGUUAGUGUAUUGCAAUUCCUACAUUCGCAACAUGUUAUCCAUAGAGACAUCAAAGCAGAAAAUGUGCUGUUUCGUCUUCACAAGAAAAGAUCUCCUCAAUUGUUAACUUUAAAUAAAUUACCUGAACAAUACGAUUUAUCCGCUCAUGACCUGAUCCUGGCCGAUUUCGGUCUAGCAACAAGAAUUACAGAUCCUACCGCUACGAGUCUUAAGGAGUAUGUCGGGACAAUAUCGUACAUUGCACCAGAAAUCGUUAAAUGUAAAAGUGUGGCAUUCAUGGCCACAGAGGAAUUAUCCAAGAUACAGAGUUAUGGAACAGGUGUCGACAUUUGGGCGCUGGGAGUCCUUGUGUUCUUCAUGGCAUUUGGAUACACUCCAUUUGAUUGUGAGACAGAUGAAGAAACUUUGGACUGUAUCACAAAAUGCGACUAUUAUAUCGAUGAAGAAUAUGCGGAAAUGGAAGAAUAUAAACAAUUUUGGAAUUUUAUUCAAUGUUGUUUCGUCGUAGACCCGAAAAAGAGACGUACUGCGCAACAAUUAAGGUCACAUCCUUUCAUAGAAAAAUUCUUCGAUAAUAAUAACAGUAAUGGUGCAGUCAACAAUCAGAAUGUUGGUUCCGCAACAAAUGUGUCGAUGGGAUCCCUUCUGGCAGUGGAUAGACCGGACCUGGGACCAAGAAACCAUUCGUUUAAUACUUUGAGAAAAUUGCAAUCCCCAGAGAGAUCGGAUUCAUUGUUAAAUCCAUUGUCAUGGUCGCCCUCGCGCGAUCCUAAUUAUUCUUAUACUGCAACAUCUAAUAGUAGCAAUGGUAGCGAUACGAACAUGUUGAGUCACGAUCCAAGCUUUGUUGCAAUUAAUAAUGAAACAGGUGCGUUGGAAGAACCACAAAGAAUAACAAGUCAUAAAUCCAACAGUUCUGCGAAGAAACCAAUAAUUAGAAGAACCAUUUCGAUGACCUCGGUGAAGAAUUCUCCAUCGUCCUAUAAAGUCAACAAGGUAAACAAUGCAAGUAUCAUAGCUUCCCAUUCUACUUUCUUCUUGGAUCCUCAACCUCCAAAGGGUUCAUUGAUGAAUGGACGGUUCAGUGAGAAUCCUCAGCAAUUAUCCAAUUUCGAUAGCACACCAAGAAGUGUCUCAAGAGAUAACUCUUCACGAAGUUUGUUCUCGAUGCUCAGUCAUGAAAGUGAUGAUGGUGGAGCCAGUCAUCAAAAGAGAAUGAGUGAGAAUAAUUGGCAUGAUAAUGAUUUCCAUCAAAUGGAAGGUGGAACAGUCACCUUUGAACUGGGUUCAAGUGAUGAAGAAGACUGA